AGAUUAAAUGGAUGAUACAAAAAUGAUACUGAGCUAAACCCAUCCCUGCUCUGACCCCAGAACAUUGGACCCAACACAGUCGAUAAACACAGAUACGGAUGGGUUGGGUCCCUAGAAGGGAGAUCCCUUUAGCUAAAUUCCUGUCUCACUUACAUAAAUGAAACAAAUGUUAAUGCAAAAUAGUGUGUGAGCUUUUACCACAAAACAGUGAAGCUUGGGAGGGUUGAUCUAUUUUCUAGAUGAAAGUGUGAUGGCCAGAGUGAGACUCAUACAGUUUUAUGCACAUGGUGUUAAUACAGGACAUUGAUUCUCUUUUUCUUUCAGGAUGUGAAAAGCACAUUGAGCAGGUGUGUUUCCUAUGUUCAUUGCUCUUAUACUCUUGGUGGUGGUUCUGGGAUGACGUGUGUACAGAGCAGCUGAGUGAUGAUGGGACGUUUUCUUCAUAGGAGUGAGAAUGUGAAACUCCAGGAACCAGAAGCUGUUUCGACUGACCUGAAGAACGUGUAUAAAAUUUCCCUUGACAUGAGGGAAGCGCUGAAGAGAUUUGGAGCGAAUGUGACUCUGGAUCCAGACGCGGCUCAUCCUGAACUCGUCCUGUCUGAAGAUGGGAAAAGUGUGAGAUGGGGAAACACGCGGCAGCGACUGCCUGACAACCCUGAGAGAUUUGACACUGAGCUCUGUGUACUGGGCUGCGAGGGAUUCACCUCAGGGAGACAUUGCUGGGAGGUGAAGUUCUGGGGUUGGCAACACUGCGAGAGUCACGGGUUGGGGAGGGCACAGGCUGGGCUGAACCAGAGGGAACAGAGAAAACAAAAGGAAAAGAUAAAGUAAAACAAAAUAAACAGAGUCCUGGAGAAAGGGAUAUCAAACCAAGGAAAGGAAAACACUGUGAAGAGGGGAACAGCCAAAGGCAAUGAGAGCUGAAGGGAUAAACUCAAGGGAAUGAAUGGAGAACAUGAAGGGGAAGGAUCUGCUGUGACAGGGAUCAGAGGAGAGUGGAAGACACAGAGAAAUAAAAAGGGAUGGGAAAUGAGGGCUGUCAAAAUGAACAGUAUGACAGAGAAGAAAAGGGAACACAAGAGGGAC